AUGGGCCAUAUGGCCGCGAGUAGCUCUUUGUAUGAUAUUCUGGGCGUCGCCCAGAACGCCUCAGCUGAUGCAGUGCGCAAGGCGUAUAAGCUCAAGGCGCUUGAGACGCAUCCAGACAAAUUGGGUCUGGGAGCUCUAGAGAUUGAGAGGCAAGCUGCGGAAGCACGCUUCAGAGAAGUUCGCACAGCCUUCGAGGUCCUAGGCGAUUCCGCUAAGCGUCGGGCGUAUGACAAUGGCCUCGACUACCUGCGCAGGCAAGUCAAUAUCAACGACAUGCAGGCGAGAUUGGCGCGCGAACGCGCGGAAUGGGCGCGGCAGACAGAAGCACGCCACCAGGAGCGGAUGCGCGUUCUGCGGGAGGAAAUCCAUGCAAGUCAGAAACGUUACAAGGAUAACUUGGCAAAGGUAGAGCUUCGCUACCAGGAACGGAUCCGUGCCAUGGAAGAGCAGUUGCGGCUGAACCGGGAGGCAGAGCGGCUCGCAGAGCAAGAUUUCUCUAAAUCAAUGACUUUUGAGGACGAGGUAUUAAAUGAGUUGCGGAGGAUGAACCCGGAGUGGGAGGUGCGUAGGCAGGAAGUGUUGCGGCGCCAGGCAGAGAGGUUGAAGAAAGAAGAGAGGACUCAUGCCCACGUGUAG